AAUAUGCAGUAAAUCCCAGGUCAAAGUGGACAGAACUGUGCAAUAAUGAAAUAUCAGACAACCAGCUCUGUUUUGCUGCUGAUUUUCAUCACUUUUCCCCUCCAUAUUUGCGCUCAAUUACACAAGAACCUGCACUAUUUCGAGACACUGCAUGUAGAUGACUUGAGCCACAGGAUCGUGAAGAGGGGCACGAAGCCCAGCAGUCAUCCCUUCAACACGAUAAAGGAGGUGGAGUUCAAGGCGCUGGGCAGGAACUUCCGACUGAUUCUGCACCCACACAAGGAAGUGCUGCACAGCAAUUUCCGCGCGUACGCCAUCGAUGGCGAUGGACAGGAGAAGAUCGUGCACAUGGACCACGAUUCCUUCUACUCGGGACGCGUAUUCGGCGAGGCGCAGUCCUCCGUGAGGGCGCACAUUGCGGACAAUGGCGUGAUGACGGCCUCUGUGGUGCUCCCGGACGAGACGUACCACAUCGAGCCGUCGUGGCGGCACCUGCCGGAGAAGGACAGCCACAUGAUCGCCUACAAGGCGUCCGACGUGAAGCUGAGCUGGGAUGAGGCUCACGCGCCUGGCGAAAUGGGGGCGCCCAUCACUUGUGGCUACGUCAAAGAGGGCCCGGAAUUGGAGGCGGAGGAGGAGCAGGAAAAUGCCGAGUCGGUGUGGACGGAGGAGAGUCAUCGGACACGCGAGAAGAGACAGGCUGAUCAGUAUGAGUACACACCGACGAAGACGCGCUGCCCUCUCCUGCUGGUGGCGGACUAUCGCUUCUUCCAGGAAAUGGGCGGAAGCAACACGAAGACCACCAUUAACUAUCUGAUCAGCCUCAUCGAUCGUGUGCACAAGAUCUACAAUGAUACCGUGUGGCAGGACAGAUCUGACCAGGAAGGUUUCAAGGGAAUGGGUUUCGUCAUCAAGAAGAUCGUAGUUCACUCGGAGCCGACGAGAGUACGCGGAGGAGAAGCGCACUACAAUAUGAUAAGGGAGAAGUGGGACGUGAGGAAUCUGCUCGAGGUCUUCUCGCGAGAGUACAGUCAUAAGGAUUUCUGCCUUGCACACUUGUUCACGGAUCUCAAGUUUGAGGGCGGAAUCCUGGGCUUGGCCUAUGUUGGCUCGCCCAGGAGGAAUUCCGUGGGUGGAAUUUGCACUCCAGAAUACUUCAAGAACGGCUACACCCUGUACCUCAACUCGGGCCUGAGCAGCUCCCGGAAUCACUAUGGCCAGCGCGUGAUCACGCGUGAGGCUGAUCUGGUGACAGCGCAUGAGUUCGGCCACAAUUGGGGCUCUGAGCACGAUCCGGACAUCCCCGAGUGCUCGCCCAGCGCCUCGCAGGGCGGCAGCUUCCUUAUGUACACCUACUCUGUGUCCGGCUACGAUGUGAACAACAAGAAGUUUUCGCCCUGCUCACUGCGCUCCAUCCGCAAGGUCCUGCAGGCCAAGUCCGGGCGGUGCUUCAGCGAGCCCGAGGAGUCCUUCUGUGGUAAUCUGCGCGUCGAGGGCGACGAACAGUGCGAUGCCGGGCUGCUUGGAACGGAGGACAAUGACGGCUGCUGCGACAAGAACUGCAAACUGCGGCGCAAUCAGGGCGCCGUGUGCAGCGACAAGAACUCGCCGUGCUGCCAGAACUGUCAGUACAUGCCCGUGGGCAUGAAGUGCCGCGAUGCGCAGUACUCCACAUGCGAGCAGGAGGCGCGCUGCACGGGCAAUCACGCCGAGUGCCCCAAGUCGCCGCCCAUGGCGGACGGCACGAUCUGCCAGGAGCGCGGCCAGUGUCGCGGCGGCAAAUGCGUGCCGUACUGCGAGACGCAGGGUCUGCAGAGCUGCAUGUGCGACAUCAUCCAGGACGCGUGCAAGCGAUGUUGCCGCAUGAGCAUCAACGAGACGUGCUUUCCCGUGGAACCGCCGGACGUCCUGCCCGACGGCACGCCGUGCAUUCAGGGCUUCUGCAACAAGGGCAUCUGCGAGAAGACCAUUCAGGACGUCGUGGAGCGCUUCUGGGACAUUAUCGAGGAGAUCAAUAUCAACAAAGUCCUGCGCUUCCUGCGCGACAACAUUGUCAUGACUGUUGUUCUCCUGACUGCCCUCUUUUGGAUCCCCGCCAGCUGUGUGAUCUCCUACUUCGACCGCAAGAAGAGGAAGCAGGAGUUCAAGAUGUUCGAAUGGAGUCAAACUCUGGAUCUCAUUCAUCCGAGCGAUCGUCGUCGAGUUAUUCAUAUAAGAGUUCCCAGGCAGAAAAUCACCGUGGCCAGAAUGUAAAGAGUCACAAAACCUCCAGAAUCCUCAACACGAAACCAGACAUUAGGUUAAGAAGAGAUAAAAUGAUUGAAUU